GUGUUUUUCAUUCGUCCCAUCCAAGUCUGAAUUUGCGGAACUGCUAUUUUCCAUGUGGCUGAUGGUUAAGCACUGCGCGUGAAAUCAUUAACUACAUCUAUUGUUUUGUUCGUUUCAGGCAAAAUGGCAGUACCUGCGAGGCAGAGUAGUUUUCAUUAUUAUCCCGAGUCUGUGACUUUCGGAUUCCACACGUCGGAAGACAUAAAGAAGAUCAGUGUCGUCGAGGUGUCCAAUCCUGAGACCUUCAAUGCUCUCGGAUAUCCCACUACCGGUGGACUUUACGAUGUUUUAAUGGGGCCGAGCAAUGAAAAAUCAGGAAACUGUGGAACAUGUCACCUAGAUAAGAAGUAUUGCCCAGGACACUAUGGGCACAUAGUACUGCCGCUCCCCUGCUUUCACCCCAUGUUUCUACGCACUAUUGUCUCCAUUAUGAAAUUGAGUUGCCCUGUCUGCAAAUUCUUUGUAAUUCCACAGAAGAAAAAGUUGGUUUUGGUGGCUCAGCUUGAACUGCUCCUGUAUGGUCUCAUUACCGAGGCCCUUGAUUUGUGGCAGAUUGUGAAUCCUCAUGAUAAGGAGAUUGCAGAUGAUGAUGAAGAAGCUGAAGAAGAAGGAAGGAAAACAUUUCUCAGUGCAGAAGCAGAAGAACAACUGAGAAUUCACAUCCAUGAAGUUGUUGAAAAGAUGAAAAAAGAUGCUGGAAUUGUUUCAGGUGCCAGGCCUGCUCUGACAAGAAAUGUGGAAAACCUGAGGCAGACAUUCAUAAAAAACUUCCUAGACAGUAUAUCCACUAAAGCCAACAGAAAAUGUAGUCGAUGCAAAGGAGGCUGGCAGAAAAUUAUCCUUUAUAAAUCCCGCAUCGUCUUCUCGCUUAAGCCAGGCACUGUAUCUGCUGUCGUGGGGGGCAAUAUGAUCAUGAGGGCUGACGUCGAUUAUAAAGAAAAUGAAGAACCCGAAGACGAAGAAGAGGACGACGAAGACAACGAGGGAAAGAGGAGAAAAAAACAGAGAAAGUCGGCAGCCAUGAUGUACAUUACUGCUAGUGACGCGAGAGAGCAUUUGCGCGAGCUAUGGAGGACCGAAAAAGAACUAUUUGGGCGCUUGUACCCUGUCUUGAUGAGCACCAAUAUCCAGCAUCCUACCGAUGUGUUCUUUCUAGACAUCAUCCCAGUCAUCCCUCCAAGAUACCGACCGAUCAACGUUAUCGGAGGGCAAAUGAACGAAAACGGCCAAACAGUAAUCUUACGCAAAAUUGUCACGGAUACCUACGUUGUGAAGACAGCCUUGCAUGCACAUAAAAAUGAUUCUAUGGACAAUCUUCCUGUCGACUCGCAACGCUUACUUAACAGCAUUCAAGGAACCACUCUGCUGGAAAAAUUACAAAAUGCUUGGCAAAUGCUUCAACAGGAUAUUAAUUUGAUAGUUGACGUAGGAGCCAGCAAAGAGUCUCAACAAAUGAUGGGAUUCCGACAGAUUAUGGAGAAAAAGGAAGGUCUGCUGCGCAUGCACAUGAUGGGAAAGCGAGUUAACUAUGCUGCCCGCUCGGUUAUCACACCGGAUCCUAAUCUGGAUGUCGAAGAAGUCGGUGUGCCCGAUUGCUUUGCAAAAAAAUUAACAUAUCCUACACCGGUGACUUCGUGGAACAUUUACGAAAUGCGAGACGCGGUACGUAACGGACCGAAUUGCUGGCCGGGUGCUACGGCUAUCGAAGACAGCAACGGCAAGAUGAUCCUUCUGAAUCCCAAAGACGCUUCACAGCGCGAUGCGGUUGCCAAAACGUUAUUGACCCCUUCCGAGGCGGUGAUCAGUUCUCAGUCCAUGUCUCGCAAAAAAGAUGCUAACGUUCGUGCCCUAUUCAAGCCUAAAAUUGUCCAUCGCCACUUGAAGACUGGCGAUAUCAUGUUGCUUAAUCGCCAGCCUACGCUGCAUAAGCCUAGUAUGAUGGCCCACAGGGUUCGGGUUCUUAUGGGCGAGAAAACAUUGCGAUUGCACUACGCCAAUUGCAAAGCCUACAACGCCGAUUUCGACGGUGACGAAAUGAACGCUCAUUUCCCACAAAAUGAAGUGGCUCGUGCUGAAGCCUACAAUAUUGUGGCUGUACCUCAUCAGUACCUUGUCCCUAAAGACGGAACUCCCCUCAGUGGUCUGAUUCAGGAUCACAUGAUUUCGGGUGUGAAAUUGACGAUGAGAGGGCAGUUCUUUAACAGAGCCGACUACCAGCAGCUGGUGUUUGCCGGCUUGGGGGGACGUGAAUAUCACGGUCCUACGAAGCUUCUUCCACCCACUAUAUUGAAGCCUGUGGCACUGUGGUCGGGAAAACAAAUUCUGUCCACCCUCAUUGUAAAUUUGACGCCGAAAGACAAGCCGUUGAUUAACAUGAAUUCCACUGCUAAAAUCAGUGUCAAGGACUGGCAAACGUUCCCCCCGCGUGCAUGGAAGGCAGGGGGUACCCCUCUUGAAAAUGCAAACAGCAUGACCGAAAGUGAAGUUAUCAUACAGCACGGCGAGCUAUUGGUGGGCGUACUCGAUAAGAUGCAUUACGGUGCCACAUCGUACGGUCUCGUUCAUGCCUUCAGCGAGCUGUACGGCGGCAAGUAUUCGUGCCGGUUGCUGUCGUGCUUUUCGCGCCUUUUCACCACCUUUCUUCAACUGAAAGGUUUCACUCUUGGUGUCGAGGACAUCUUGGUUACUCCUAAGGCUGACAAAAAGCGCAAGAAGAUUUUGAAACGACUGAAGACAAUUGGAGAUGGUGUGGCAGCAAAAGCUGUAGGUGUUGAUCCCGAAUACAUUAAGAAAAACGGCAUGCAAGAUGUUUAUAAUAAAAUGGAAGAAAUCCAUUUUAGUGAGUCAACAUUGAAAAAAAUGGCGCUCGACAGGGAAUACAAAAGUGAAACGGACAAAAUCAACAAUGAAGUCAAUAGGGCUUGCAUUCCAGGAGGACUGCACCGUAUCUUCCCGGACAACAAUCUUUCACUGAUGAUCCAGUCUGGUGCCAAAGGUUCUAGCGUUAACGCUAUGCAAAUUUCUUGCCUUUUGGGCCAAAUUGAAUUGGAAGGCAAGCGGCCUCCUUUGAUGAUUUCCGGACGCUCCCUACCGUCUUUCGUCGCUUAUGACACUUCACCCAGAGCUGGGGGUUUUAUUGCCGGUCGUUUCAUGACUGGUAUUCGACCUCAAGAGUUCUUCUUCCAUUGCAUGGCUGGUCGUGAAGGUCUUAUCGAUACUGCAGUCAAAACGUCUCGCAGUGGAUACUUGCAACGUUGUCUAGUGAAGCAUUUGGAAGGAGUGAGCGUUGCGUAUGAUCAUACAGUACGCGAUUCAGAUGGAUUAGUUCUACAGUUUCUUUAUGGCGAAGAUGGACUUGAUAUCGGCAAGUCACAGUACCUCAACGAGAAGGGCAUCCCUUUCUUGGUGGCUAAUCGCGAAUGUGUCUCUUUGGCCGACACUCGAAUGUCGUACGAGUCUGAUCAAAUAGAAGUAGAGAAGGCUAAAAAAAUGGUGAAACGUUGGCUUAAAAAACAUGGCUCCUUCAAGAAGCAACAAAGAAAAAGUGGAUUUUUGAAGUUCUCCUCCGAAUAUGAGGUCACAACGCCCAACACGGAAGAAGAAAAGAGUUCCAGGGGUCGCUCUUUGGUCAAAGACGAAAUUGAAAACGCCUGGCGAGCAUUGUCGUCCGAAGAAAGAGCAGCGUACUCGAAGAAACAAGGAUCUCCACCCGAUCCCGUGAACGCUCAUUUUUCAUUUGCCCAACAUAUUGAUGUCUUUGAUGAGCAACUGAACGCCAUGAUGUUGCGCUACCUGAAUCGCCCUGACGUAACCAUUGGGCACAAAGAGUUGACCCGUCUCGUUUACAGCAAAGCUGUUUCGGCAUCUUGCGAACCGGGUGAACCCGUUGGAGUCUUGGCCGCCCAAUCAAUCGGUGAACCCUCCACUCAGAUGACGCUCAAUACUUUCCACUUUGCCGGUCGUGGUGAAAUGAACGUUACUUUGGGUAUUCCUCGUUUGCGUGAAAUCCUUACUGUCGCCUCUGCUAACAUCCAAACACCAUCAAUGGAUAUUCCCUUAUUGGAAAAGGGACCAAAAGCCUUACGAAAAGCUGAAAAAAUUAAACUUAAAUUAACCAGAGUGACACUUGCCGAUGUUUUGGAGAAAGUGGAAGUGACGGAGCGAUUGUCAGUCACGGGGAAUCGCACCCGACACUAUGGUCUCACGUUUAGAUUUCUUCCUCAUUCUUCUUACAAGGAUCGUUACUGCGUCAAACCUAAGCAAGUGUUGCAUGUGUUCGAAUCACGCUUCGUUCCCAACGUCCUCCUGCCUGGCAUAAAAAAGGAAGCAGCCGCUCAAUCCAUGCAAUCGCUUUUUGUCUGUAAAUCUGCAGCCGCUAGUCGAAACACUGCAGCUAAUAAGGAAGAGGAUGAAAAGGAGGAUAAAUUAGAAGGUGAGGACACGACCAAGACACCGGUCCCGCGUAAAGGUGGUGAUGAUGAAGAUGAAGAAUCAAACGAUGGCGAAGAUGUUGAGGAUGAUUUCAACGCGGCAAAUCAACGCGCAAAACACGCAGACGAGCAUGAAUACGAAGAUGAGGAUGAAGACGAUGAAAAAAAGAAGCCCGUUGAAGACGAAGGAUUUGAAGACGACAGUGAAGAGACCGGUCUGAAGAAGGAUGCGGAAGAAGAAGAAGGAAUAGACGAAGAGAAACCCAACGAUAAAACGUUGAACGGAGAGCAGGAAGAGGCUGAUAUGGCAACCUAUGAAAUGAGUCCUGCCAUGGAACUUCUCUACGAAAACCGCCAAACUGCCAUGCUUGAUAAGGAUCCUUGGAUCAUCGAUUACACGUUCGACGCCAAAAGUAGCCUCCAUUGCGAGCUUACACUCUCGGUACCAUUGCUUGUUCAGAAAGUGGACUUGUCCAGCUCUUUGAAGAAGUGGGCGGAAUCGACUGUAGUGCACCACGUUCCUAAAAUCAAACGUGCAUUCGUUGUACCUCCGAAAUCUGAAGACGAUGAUAUCGUCAUCAAAACGGAUGGUGUUAACAUCAAGGCCAUGUUCGAAUUUGCCCACAUUCUGGACAUGAACCGACUCUACUGUAACGAUAUCCACGAGGUGGUGAAACAGUACGGUGAAGCUGGCUCCCGCGUCAUUGUCAAGGAGGUUAACAACGUCUUCAAAGUGUAUGGAAUCACGGUGGAUCCUCGUCACUUAACUUUGGUGGCUAGCUUCAUGACAUCAGGCGGAGGCUACCGGCCAUUUAGCCGUCACGGGAUGGCCGAUUGCACGUCGCCGUUGCAGCAAAUGACUUACGAAACGGCAACUGAAUUUCUCAAGAACGCCACUCUACAAGGCAAAACGGAUUUUCUCAAAACACCAUCUUCACGCCUCGUCAUGGGACUCCCCGGUUUGGAAGGAACCGGAAGUUUCGGCUUAUUGCAGAAAUUGUACUAAAGAGAUAUCUGGGUUCUCUUUGUUUUGAAUAAAAAUUGUGUCAAACAG